AUGGUUUGUAUGGUAUCUCGAUCUGGAAGGGAGUUGCAGAGAUACAACAACAUGGGUGGCAGACAAGUUGUUGGAUGCAUACCUUAUAGAUAUAAACAAGACAUAGAUGGUAAUGGAAGCAACCAAUUGGAAGUACUAAUGAUUAGUUCACAGAAAAGUCAAAGACUAAUGUUUCCUAAAGGAGGAUGGGAACUUGAUGAAUCUCUAGAAGAAGCAGCUUGUAGGGAAUCCCUUGAAGAAGCAGGUGUCAUAGGAUUAGUUGAGUGUGAACUGGGACAGUGGAAUUUCAUUAGCAAAAGAUAUGGAAUAUACUAUGAAGGGUACAUGUUCCCUUUGUUUGUGAAGGAGCAACUUGAUCAUUGGCCUGAGAAAAAUGUUAGGACAAGAGUAUGGAUGAGUGUUGGUGAAGCCAGAGAAGUUUGUCAACAUUGGUGGAUGAAAGAAGCAUUAGAUAUAUUGGUUCAAAGGCUAAUUUCUUCACACAUCUUUUUAGAUUGA